GUCCGGCAGCGCCGCAGCCCCCUCCUCCCCGCCCUGUGCCCCCCGCGCCUCCCGCCGCCAGCGGCUCUAAGAUGCCCCGCUAUGAACUGGCUUUGAUCCUGAAAGCCAUGCAGAGGCCUGAAACAGCAGCUGUGCUGAAACGCACCGUGGAGGCUCUCAUGGAGAGAGGAGCUGUGGUGAGGAAGCUGGAAAACCUGGGGGAAAGGGCUCUUCCCUACAAGAUCUCCAAGCACUCGGAGCGCCACAGGAGAGGAUGGUAUUUUUUGGUAGACUUGGAGGCCCCCCCUUCCAUUGUCUCGGCCAUGACGGAGCAUCUGGGACGGGACAUCGAUGUCAUCAGGCAGGGCUUUGUCAAGCACCCCCUGGCAAAGCCAGAGGAGUGCCCUGGAAUGAUCCCAGUCAGCUAUGAAGACAAACUCAGUGGCAGGAAGAAGUGAAGCUCCCAGAUGUUUGGAACCUCUUUUAAAAAAAGUGGGUUAUUCCCGCUUUGGAAAACGAUUUCGGUAACUCAGGUCCCAAAUAAUCCCUUCUGCCCGUGUGCUGUGUGUGGUAGAGUCACUCUCUGGAGUUAUUGUAGCAAUUGAGGGGUUCUUUUUGUUGCAAAUAAUUUAAAUAGCCCUUAAUCUCCCUGCUUAUCUGGAUCUUUGACAGCUCUGAAAAUUGAUUUGCUUUUCUCUUGGAGCGUUAAGUUGAUAAUGAAGAUUUAUCCAUCAGCAGGAUGCUAAAAAUAGCAUUCUUUUCCAGAGAUUAUUCAGAAUAUGUGUAUUUACACAAGAGAUUAAGAAGCCUACGGUGUAAAUAUAGCAGGGGAGGAUGUGAUUUGUUGAGGGCUUUUUUUUUCUUUUGGCUUGUUUUUUGGGAGGGGAAUAAAGGCGUGAUUAAAAAUAAAA